AUGUAUUUAUUCUUCUUAGAAGGACGAGUGGAAUUCAGAACUUCAGCUGGUUCUGAUCAAGCCCAGAUUUUUUGGGGCCCUUUGCAUCUUUCGCUGGAGCACCUGGUAGAGCAUUACAGUCGGUUUGCUGACGGGAUUCCCACUCGCCUUCGCUAUGCUGUUUCCUCAUUAGCCUGCGUCGUCAAUCUCGAGCAGCAGCUCACAUGUCCUAUCCUCGUAGAUCACUCUGCUAACCGACUCUGUAAUGGGGCCGCAGCCUGGGGUCUGCCCGGAGGCCCUAGGAUGGGUGCCCCACUAGCUAUGCCUGGCAACAUAGUGGCCGCUGUCAACACUGCCCAUGGUGGUGGUCUUCACCAGAUUUGUAAAAAGGAGAUCUUUGCUAAAUUCGAUUUACGACGCCUGCUCUGUCCCCUCCAUGUAUGA